AUGCGGUCCGAAGUCACGUCAGCAGCGGAUUUCCUUGUCAAUAUCCUCAGGCUAAAUGCCAAUUCGGCAGCUAUCACUCCUCAUCAGUUAGAGAUGUUCCGGGAGAGUCUGAUUGAGGUGCUGAGGAGGCACUACAGAGAUCAUUGGUUCCCCGACAAGCCCGUCAAGGGAUCUGGCUACCGGUGCAUUAGAAUCAACGGGAAGCUGGACCCCAUCGUGGCUCAUGCGGGGGCUCUGUCGGGUCUCCUCGAGCCAUUCCUCUAUUCCCUCUUCCCAAGUGAGCUCACCAUGUGGGUGGACCCCAAAGAAGUCUCGUAUCGCAUCGGCGAGAAUGGGAGCAUCUGUGUGUUGUACGAAGAAGGGAAGAGCCCUUCGCCGGAUCAUCAGUUCUCUAUUCCCAGCCCACCACCGACCCCACCGCACCUUCAGUUCCCCCGCUACGCCCUCGAGCAUCAGUCCCGACACAAUUCGUGGAAUCCCUGCGGGAAGUCGACUCGACGGAACCUGGAUUUCGCCGUGGACGUGAAAAACCUCUCCUGGGAUCGCAUCGCCCCCUACGUGACGAGCUAA